CUCGAGUCACGCACCUGCGAGCGCGCCUCAUAGUGUGAGAAGAGUGAAGAAGUAUCUUCCAGACGACCUUCAAGAUUAGCGAAUGCCAGAGAGUGGGAGUGUGGAGGUUCAAGUUGGUCUUUUGCCUUCUAGCGCCUAUGGUGGCGCGUCUCGCCUAAUCGCGCCAGAGUUCAACGUGCCUUCCGUCCACGUGCGUUAUCAUCACUUUCUCCACUGACCAGGACUUUUGAAUCACAUCCUCAUUAGACUGUGUGUUUGUGUUUUGCAGAUAUGAAUGCACCUGAAAUUAGCCGGUUGGAUCCCACCAUUUUCUUGGCCAAUGGCGAUCAUCCUGAAAAAUCCGCCAAUCCGCCCGAUCUGCUCAUUCUGAACCAGCCUAUCACCGAUUUUGCUACGUUCUCGCGCUUAUGGAGACACAGCAGCUAUCGCAUUUGUGCAGAUGGUGGUGCGAAUAGGCUCCAUGACAUGUUCAAAGGCGAUCUUGAGGGUCAAAGAGACCAAUAUCUUCCAAGUAUAAUUCAUGGCGAUCUUGACUCUUUGCGCGACGAUGUGCGCGCGUACUAUGAAUCGCACGACGUUGAGGUACUCAGAGAUGGUGACCAGUACAGCACAGACUUCGGUAAGACAAUGUCCAAGAUCUCUGCAAGAGACAAUGCAUCGUCGCAGAAAGACGUGUUGAUUCUUGGUACACUGGCGGGUCGGGUAGACCAAGGCCUUGGACUCCUGCACGAAAUGACAAGGGAAGAGACCAAGCACCCGAACUUGCGCCUGUGGCUCUUUUCUGAAUCAAGUCUUUCAAUCAUUCUCAGAAGCAAAAGGACGGUCGUGUGCAAUCUCUUGUCCAGCGGGCUGUUCACAGAAAAUCUUGGGCUUGUUCCUGUCUACGGCCCAGCGAUCAUCAGCACAACUGGACUCGAAUGGGAUGUCAAGGACUGGUUCACACAGAUAGGUGGCCAGGUCAGUACAAGCAACCACGUGAAGGCUGAUGAGGUGCAAGUCGAGACAGAUGGGCCAAUACUUUUCACGGUUGAACGAGCACCACUAGAACAAACGUCGUAAGGACAGGCACCGCUCGUGUUGAUGCCUCGCACAAGAUUGCACGUCACAGGGAUUCCUCCUCGCCUGAAAACACGGCAAAUGCGCCGUGACACGCGAUAGGCAGCUGAGAUGUUGUUCGGCGUUUAAUUCAAUCACGAGUUUCGAGACGGCCAUGUCGAUCAGAUGCGUUGUAAAUUGUUACACGCGCGUUUCUGUACGGACAGUC